AUGAAGGAGCCAGAUGCCAUCAAGCUGUUUGUGGGGCAGAUCCCAAGGCACCUGGAGGAGAAGGACCUGAAGCCAAUUUUCGAGCAGUUUGGCCGAAUCUUCGAGUUGACCGUCAUCAAGGACAAGUACACCGGGCUGCACAAGGGAUGUGCCUUCCUGACAUAUUGUGCCCGCGAUUCAGCCCUGAAGGCGCAGAGCGCCCUGCACGAGCAGAAGACGCUUCCAGGGAUGAACCGGCCUAUCCAGGUGAAACCAGCAGACAGCGAGAACAGAGGAGAAGACAGGAAGCUCUUUGUGGGGAUGCUAGGGAAGCAGCAGACGGAUGAGGAUGUCAGGAAGAUGUUUGAACCAUUUGGGACCAUUGAUGAGUGCACCGUGCUCCGGGGACCUGAUGGGACCAGCAAAGGCUGUGCCUUUGUUAAAUUUCAGACCCAUGCAGAGGCCCAGGCUGCCAUCAACACUCUCCACAGCAGUCGGACCCUCCCGGGAGCCUCAUCCAGCCUUGUGGUAAAAUUUGCCGACACGGAGAAGGAACGAGGCCUUAGACGCAUGCAGCAGGUGGCCACCCAACUGGGCAUGUUCAGCCCUAUCGCCCUCCAGUUUGGAGCUUAUAGCGCCUACACCCAAGCCCUGAUGCAGCAGCAGGCGGCCCUGGUAGCAGCUCACAGUGCCUACCUCAACCCCAUGGCCACCAUGGCGGCCGUACAGAUGCAGCACAUGGCUGCCAUCAACGCCAACGGGCUGAUCGCCACGCCCAUCACCCCCUCCUCAGGAACCAGCACCCCUCCUGCCAUCGCUGCCACGCCUGUCUCUGCCAUCCCUGCAGCCCUGGGUGUCAACGGCUACAGCCCUGUGCCCACGCAGCCCACUGGGCAGCCAGCCCCCGACACCCUUUAUCCCAACGGUGUCCACCCUUAUCCAGCCCAGAGCCCAGCAGCCCCUGUGGACCCGCUCCAGCAGGCCUAUGCAGGAAUGCAGCAUUACACAGCAGCCUACCCAGCAGCCUACAGCCUGGUCACGCCCGCCUUCCCUCAGCCUCCAGCCCUGGUCGCCCAGCAGCCCCCUCCACCCCCCCAGCAACAGCAGCAGCAGCAGCAGCGAGAAGGCCCUGAUGGCUGCAACAUCUUCAUCUAUCACCUGCCCCAGGAGUUCACUGACUCUGAGAUCCUACAGAUGUUUGUUCCCUUUGGCCAUGUCAUAUCUGCCAAGGUCUUUGUCGACCGGGCCACUAAUCAGAGUAAAUGUUUUGGCUUUGUGAGUUUCGACAAUCCGGCCAGUGCCCAGGCUGCCAUUCAGGCCAUGAACGGCUUCCAGAUCGGCAUGAAGCGUCUCAAAGUCCAGCUCAAGCGACCCAAGGAUGCCAACCGACCCUACUGAGGGGCAGCAGGUCUGGAGAUGCCAGAGGAAGGGGACCUGCCCCGUCCCCUCCUCCCCCACUGAGCACCCCCAGCCCUCUCGGCACAUCGGCUCAGGCCCUUGGCUGGGCCCUCUGGGGACAGCUGCUUCAUGAGUCCUGGGGAUGCAGGAAGCCUCCACUUACCCUCGCCCCCCUUAGAACCAACUUUCUUCUCCCCACGCCCACCCAAGUCUUGAGGCCCCGCAGGCCGCUCGGCCCGCCUCCUCCCCAGGUACCUGUUUGACCUCACAAAGGCUGCCCAGUGGGAACAGGGGGGCACGGCUCCAGGGGUUCAAGGGCAUCUCUUUUCCUCCAGUGCCCAGCCUUCUCCCCCACCUCUCCCCAUCAAGGGACCACUUCCUCUGUCUCUUGGAACUGUGCAGACCCCCAGGAGGGGAACCAGGGACUCGGGUCCCCCUUCCUAGCCUCUCCUCCACUCUAGGGGUCUCCUCACAGCUCUUCCCCCUUCUUACUCCUCUACCCUAAGUAGAGAUAGGACAUUCCUGUACUUGGGCCAUCAGGCCCUAAAGCUCACUGCCUCCCCAAGUCCUCCUCUGGUGAGCCCCAGGGGCUGCCCAUCUCCUGUUCAGCCACAGAGACCCUCCCCAAGAGAAAUGACCUCCCCCUCCCCCCAAAUAAUGUUUACAGUCUCUGCUGAUCCCUUUCCUGUAAAUACCACAUUGGUGCGGUAGCCAGCCAGGCCCGGACGCUGCCAUCUCUCUUUCUGGGAGUUUAGACAAUGUUCCCUGUGGAUUUUUUUCUUUCUUAAUUUUUUUUCCUUGGUUUGAAGGUUGGGGUGGGAAGGGGUUGGGGUGGGAAAAGGGGAGGGCUGGAGGGGUUUAUUACCUGGUCAUUUUCUUUAGGAAAAGGUUUUAGGGGAAGGGAUAGGGGUGGAUUGGGGAGGGAAUGGGAAGGGGAGCCUGGGGAGUCUAAAUUUCAAACAGUUCUCAAUACUUAACUUAUUUAUUUAUUGCGUUUUACUUUUAAUAAGUUGAUUUUUUCUGUCUAAAUAAAGAAAAAAAAUUUAAAAGUGUCAAAAAAGAGUAGUGCUUGGCAGGUCAGCUGUGGGGGACACGAGGGAGGGGAGAGGAAGAUUGAGGACACGAACUAAAUCUGGAGAUUGUCUUAAUGAAGGCCUCCUAGGCCCAGGGGAGACAUUUCAGGGCAAAUCCCCUAUUUCUGGAGACUUUGAGUCCUAACUUCUCAAACCUGCGCUCUCAUCUUCCUCCCUGUUUAUUCACCUCUCACCGAGCCCAGAACUCUCUGUAGAGUCGGGAGGAGUGCGGCAGAGUGAACAGACUCCAAUCGGCUUAGGGAUUUGGGAUCAUGAAGAUGUGGGUACAAAUCCCCUCCCUCUGCCUCAGUUUUUCCAUCUAAUCAAGUGGGGGUAAUAGCAACAGCUACCCCAUUAGGCUGUUGGGAGGACCAGAUGAGAUCAUAUACCAAAGCACACAGAAACUUUAAAAAUUACUCUGAAAAUAUUGGCUAUCACGCUUCUACCCUAAUGGACUCCGAAGGGCCUCA